AUGAGUAAAUAGAAGUAAACUGAUAAUAAAACUAAUGAAUAAUUUAUUAGUGAUUUGCGGUCUCUUUUUGAAGUCACUAGCAAUAGACACAAAUAGGAUAAGGAUUUCUUGAAAAAAUUUACAUCCCUCAUUAAAAAAGAAAAACUCAUUGAUAAAAAAAACAUCGUGAAUGAAUUGCUCAAUCUGUUUAAGCUGGCUUCCAAUUCUAAAACUCUUUAUUUUAAUACCAUUGUUGAUGGUCUAUUGCUUUUAUAAGCCAAAGACAUCAAUAUAAAUCUUGUAUUGGCUGAAGCAAUCAAAGGUCCAUGUUAAAUAGAUAAAAAAUCAAAAGAAAAUUAAGACAAUGAAGAAAUCAAACUCUUUUGCUUUCAAAAAUUGGAAAUCCAACAUGCAGAAACCCAACUCAACUUGUCCAAAGUAUUGGUUUUCAUGGAAAGAGUGUUAAAGAUGAUUUCCACCAAAACUAAAGAAGAAACCAAAAAAAUAUUUUAAUUCUUAACUUCAAUCCAGGACAUCCUCAGCCAACAAUUACAACUCUAGAGCUUAAUUUGUAUACUCAUACUCAAAAUUGUAUUGACUUUAAUGAAACACUCAGUACUCUAGAAGACAGACAUGAAGGUCUUGUAUAAUCUUAUAGAUGAAUAAAGUAUUCACUAAGUUUUUAAAAAUAUCUUAACGAUCGCAAAAACAACGUGUACUAUUCUAUUUAUAUUUUAGAUGUUCAUAAAUAUUAUCAUUACAUAUUCAAAAGUUGCUUCAUGCUAUUAUGUGAAAUUUGUAUCAAAAAUAAAAUGGCAGUCUACUUUUAAGCAUUUCUCUGCAGCCCCUUGAGCUAAACCCAUCUCAAAACUAUUUUUAACAUCAUCAAAGAAUUCAAUUAUCUAUUCUUCUAGGAUGUCAAAGAUUUGGUACUCAUUUUCAACUAUCUAUUAGCCAUAUUUAUUUGAAAAACCAAGAUUUCUUAUAGAUUAUCUCCCUACAAACUUUUUAUUAGGAUUGCUGAACAGAAAUCCAGGAAAUUGGAUGUGUGUAUAAAACUUCAUCCAAAAUCAUAUUCAAAUUGAUGACAAAUACUUAAAUUUUACAAUUGCCAACCUAGCAUAAAGACAAUCUAAAAUAGUAGACCCUGGUUACAUCUUCUAAUCAAAUAAAUUGUAUUGUUCUCAAUCACUAAUAUCUAGGAAAAAGAAAAACAUCAAUCAAAUAGAUCAAUUAUUAAUUGAGUCAAUAUAAAUGCAAUAAGACGUUGGAGAUUAUAACACCUAUAUUUAUUGCUAAUUGCAUUUACUUCUAUAUUUAAACUCCUAUGAUUUAACUAGUAAUUACUUCAGUAAAACAUAAAUAUCUUGUGAUUCAAGAUUUUUCAAGAGACUGUUCUUGCUGAAAUUAGAAGAUAAAAUGUAACCAUCUUAUAACUCAUAUUUAGCUAUAAAUAUUAAGAAAUUACAAAAUUAUCAAAACCCAGAUAAGGUACAAAUUAAUACUUUACCUUCUAAAUCAACAAACAGUUAAAGCAAUUAAAGUACCCUUUUUCCUAAACUUAAAUUAAAAACAUCUAUUAGGAUGUCAAAUAAAUGCUUAAUAUUAGUUAUCAUUUCUAAUUCCCAUUCAUUACUAAAUUUUCCUAAUAUGUCAAAGUACUCUUUAAAGAUCUGACUCAAUAAUUCUUAAACAAUACUCUAUUUCCAUUUGAUUACCAACAGUACUUUGGCUUAAGUAAGAUUUUCUCAAUUACAUAGUUAUGAUCUUAAGUUCAUAUUCGAAAUAAGCAUUCUAAGCCUUUAUAUUCUCAAUUUUCAAUUCAUUAUUGGUAAUGAAGAAGCCUCAUGUUGUGCAUUAAGGGUUGACGCAAUUGCAAUUGUCUGCUUUAGAAGAAGUUGGAGUUAUGUUUAAUGAGUUGAAUAUUGAAGAUUCUAUAUUUUAGCAAAUGAUAAUUGCAACUAUCCACUUCUUUACUACAUUUGAGAUAAAAAAAAAUUAAAAAUUGAAUCAAUUCACUCAAAUUCUAGAGAGAUUAAAGACGUAUUUAAGAUUGAAUUGGAAGAGUGAACAAGGCGUAUUAAAAUAAUACAAAUAACUUAUGUUGAUGGCAGUUGAUCGAUUUUUGAUGAUGAAUGGAUUAGGGUAAUUAUAAAAUAAUAAAUAGAGCAUAAUCUCUGAAAAAUAAUCAAAGUAAAUUUUUGAAGUUCUUCAAUACUCACUUAGUAAAUAACUGUGAUUUUAUUGAAAUUUUGAUUAAGAUAACCUAACAUAUCAAGAUUUAAGAAGUUUCAAAGUAUUUAGAAUAUUUAGGAGAGUGUUAUUUGGGAAGUCUGGCAAUUCAUAAGUAGAAUAGAAGUCUGAAAUUUUAAUUGUGUACAUAAGUAUCAAAGAGGAUUAUAUUAGAUUUUGUAUCAUCAUAGAUAGAAUGCUUUGAUUUAUUUGGAACAAAAUAUGAAGGAUCCAGAUCAACUUUAUGAAUUGCUAUAUUAUUUUCAGAGGGAGAAAAGAUUAAAACAAGAGUAACCAAAUGUUGAAUCAAAUGGAAGAUAUUAAUGUAGAAAGAAAUUAGUCUAUUUAUUCAUGAAAGAAUCGUAGUUUACAAAAGUGCAUUAUAAUUGUUUAUUGAAAUUAUUAAAAUGAAAAAAAAAUAAAAACAUAUAUGUUGGAUCUGCUACUAAACAAACAGUCACAAGCGAUUUAAACCAUGUAAUUGCAAAGGCUCUUUGUCAUAUAUUCAUAAAAAAUGCUUGAAUGAAUGGGCAACCAAGUAGUACAAUCAAAACAAUUAGAUAAUAAAAUGUCCUAAUUGCAAAUAUGAAUAUUUAUUUGCAAUAAAAGAGUGCUAUAAAGUAAACCUAAAGGUUAUUUAAGUUGCGUAAUUUUUCAACUUGGCAAUUUUUUGAUUCAAUAGAGAAGAUUGUUUUAAUUUGCAUGACACUAAGUUUAAUAAUAAUUUCUGGAUUAGAUUUUAUGUCUGUGUCAGAUUAUUUGCAGUCUGAUGAAAAUGAUAAGUAAGAAGUAACAAUGUUCAAAUGGGUAAAUAGAGUUCAUUUUGGAACAGUUUUAAUCAUACUCUGUUCGGCAACAUUCAAUAUAGUGCAGAUGGCAGUGAGUAAGUUUGAGUUGGAAAUUUUGGAUAUCCGAAAUUGA